UCGGCGUGUAAGCAGUCGGUAUAGCUCGCGCGCGAGAGCCUCGAUCUAAUUAGUCCAAGAUUCAAAUUCCAAGCAGUUUCCGACGCGACGCUAAGGACACCGGUUGAGACUGUAUAUCAAAAUGACGACGAAAGUAACGCACUCCGACCAGAUGAGAUUCAUGAUCGAGCAGCGCAUGAUCCGAAUGGAACUGCACAACCUGCUGGGUGAAAAACAGAGCGACUUUAAAAAAUGUACCCAGUUGCAGAAGGAAUUGUACGAGCUCAAAAGUGAUUUUGUCUCGAAAAAUCAUGAGAUCUACACAUGUACUUUAAAAGACUUGGUGGCUCAAACAGAUCGAAAACUGAGUCAUUUGAUAAUGGAGUGCGACCGUCGCAAAGAUUCGGAACAACCAGUGGACAAAUCAAUUUUACGCGAAUUAGAUGAAAUUAGAACGUUGAACCAGAUUCGUAAAGCAAUGUGUAAUGGUUAUCAUUGCAUUGUCAACCAAAUGGAUGAUGAAGAAGCGUUUAACGAGGCCCGAUUGGACUUGAUUGUAGAGAUAGCAUCUAUUUGGAUCUAUAACCAAACAGAAGAAGACGCCAGAAAAAAUGAAGAAAGGGAAAAAGAGGGAAAGAAGAAAAAGAUGAAAAAACCGUUACAAGAUUAUGUGGAUGAUCUCCUCAAAAAAUUGGGCUCCAAAGAUAAUGUGGAACUGAAUCCAAUGGAAAAGUCAUUGAAGGACCUCUUUGAAAAAACGUACAUUCAAAUUCAGGAAUUGCAAUGUUCCAUCAAGCAAAUGAGAGCUAAAUUGCAACGGUUUUAUGCUGCAGCAACGAGAUACCUUCCACCAUCCGAGAGUGACGAUGAAUUGUAAAAAAGAUCUCCUCUCAAAUCCAUAAACCGAAUCUUAAAUUUGAACCAUGUCAAAAUUUUUGUUGUAAAUAUUUUUUAAUUUUUGUACUACAGAAACAUAGGCAGAUAAUGUCUAUUGUAACUCCGAUCCUGCCUUAGCGUCUAAUUUUUAUAUCAUCAACUAAGAGUAUUAUUAAAAAAAUAAUAAUAAUUUCAAUGUAUGUAACGUGAUAAACAAAUGUACAUAUAGAAAUGUAACAAAGCCUACCUGCUUUAUCGAUAAGGUUAAUAAAAAUACUUUCGAUAUAA